ACAGCAGCAGCGAGCCCAGUAACAGCGGGGGAUGGUUCGAUUCCCUCGCUGGAUUAUUAGUGUUGAGCAACACAAUCGGCUGCAGCUGCGGCGCUGACUCGUCGCGCACCCGCGCUCCUCCGCCGUCACUCACCCGGCUCUCCACUGGUCCACACAGCGCCUGGCUUCGGACGGACCCGCCCGGGACUUCACCUGCAGGGCUCCUCGGAGGCGGAAGCGGGGCUCGUUGACCCAGGAGCGACGGCCAGGUGAGUGUGGCAGGUUUGCUAACAUGCUAACACCUGGAGCUAAACGCUAACUCCGCAGGAUCACUCCAAGGAGAUUUAAUGUGCGAGACUAACGGCAACAUUAAGCGCAUGUAACCUCCGUUUUACACGCGGAAUUCCACAUGGAAGCCGAUAUAACCAGCCAAGAUGCUUUCACGUCAGAUAUCAUGAUGAAAAGUUACAUGACAAGAGUUCAACUUGAUUCAAACAUGCGCUCUUGAACAAGGUUUACGGUACCGAAGUGGCGUCAUUACACUUCACUAUGAAAGGAAAGGUACAUUUCGCGUGUUUGGUUGUUGAACGCAGAUGUUUUGUCAGUGUCUUUCCACUGCUUGUUUUUGAAGAUAAGCUUUCGAGCUGCUGCGAGUGAAAGAUAAGUUUGUAUCGACUUAGUUACUGCAAACAGUUUUGAAACAGGUAAAAGUUUUUUUUUUCAUUUAAAAAGCCUCACUCUCCUCUCUGUACGUAGAAUACUCGGAAUAACACCGCUAAAACAUCAGCUGACAUUUACGUUAUUGCUAUUAUUACAACGUUUCAGGGCAAAUCCGCCAUAGUUUUGUCAAAGAUACAAGGUACAGGACCGUAGUUAUUGUAUAGUUCUGUAUAGUGUGUGUGUUUAUGUCCAGUGUUCUCCAACACAGCCAGUUCUUACUGAGUUUGUGCAAAUGUGUCCGUCAUGAUGUUUAAGUAUGACGUCAGAACUAAAGCGUGUGUUCAAACGGAACUCUAUGAUGGACCAUAAACAAGUGGCGCUGACUCACUGUUGCUCUCCAGUGGCUUCUGUACUGUCUUGUACAGUCAUUUUGAAUGAAAUGUAAAGGAUGAAAUCUGCCGUGUCGUGGCGUGCCGUUCGUGCAGGCACGUGAUCGCACGCAGAAGACCCUGCUCGGAGAAUGUUCUUGACAUUUACUGCAGUGAACUCCGUGGACUUGUGGGAGUGGCCAGUCCUUGGCUGGUAAAACACGUUUCACAAGACUCGGCUGCUGCGUGUUUUUCUAUACAGUGCUUGUUGAUUUGGGAUCAUCUCACCCCUCUGCAAUCUAGACAGCAGGAGGUCAAGUUAAAGCCCACCCUCGCCGGGGUGGGUGCACAUCUGCUUUUAAUCCGGGGUGAAGCUUUGGCUGAGAUUAUCUCCUGGUCUGAUGCUGUGCUCCAGCGAUUGUCUGCCCGGCUGCUAAUCCAUCCGGUGGUUGGAGCCUCAUGCGCCUGGCAACCGGUGCCUGAUGCUCCGGUGACAUGGGCGAGUGGUGGAACCACGUGCCAAUGGAGACCUCUGUGGGGAACUAUGAGAUCUCCAGCAUUUCCCACAUGUCGCCCUCCAGACAGAACCACCCUCCUCCGCCUCUGUCUAAGAGCUCUUACAAUGUGAUCACGGUCUUUUGCACCGACGACAACGUACCUCAGUGCAUCUCCUACAUCAACCAGGAGCUCUGCUCUCUGGGACUUCCCAUGAGUAUCCAGGCCAGUGCUCCGGGCGCUCCUGGUGUGAGCUCGGCGCCGGCCCUCAACGCCAUGUUUGAACUCCUCAAGCUCCACCGGCGCGACAUGGGAACGUUGGAGGACUUGGAAAAGGAACAUCACAAGAAGAGCAGCACCUUGGAGCACGUGCAGAUGAGCAACUCCAGACUGAUGGAUCAGUUGGAGUUGUCCAUGCGGGAGAAGUCGGGUCUGCAUGAGACGGAGAGGCAGCUGCAGCUGAAGAUCAAGACUCUGCAGAGCUGCCUGAAAACGGAAAAGGACGAGGUCCAGAAGCUCCAGAACAUCAUCGCCAGCCGGGCCACCCAAUACAGUCACGACGCCAAGAGACGAGAGCGAGAAUCUGCCAAGCUCAAAGAACGUCUGAGCCAGCUGCUGAUCGACAGGAAGGACAAGCGGCUGGCCAUCGACGUGCUGAACUGCCUGGGCCGGGCCGACGGCAAGCGCAGCCAGUGGAAAACCACCAAAGCUGCUGUCAGCCACGAGGGUCACAUGUACAAGUCCAUGCUUGGCGACUAUGAGGAACGCCAGCGCGCGCUGAUGUUGGAAAAUGUGGAGCUGAAGAAAGUGCUGCAGCUGAUGAAGAGAGAGAUGAAUCACAUCCUCAGUCCUCCACCGUCGUCCAACAAAGCAGCGUCGGUGGAGAGCAGCCAGGAGCAGGUGGAGUCGGAUGGAGAGGAGAAGCUCGGCGACUCCAGCAGGGAAAUGCUGGACAAGUCCUGCGAACAAGCUCGAGAGCAGCUGACCAACAGCAUCCGGCAGCAGUGGAGGAAGCUGAGGACCCACGUGGAGAAACUGGACACUCAAGCCUGUCAAGACGUGAUUCCGAGAGAGACGCACGAGGACGAGAUGGAGAGGAUGAGGAGGGAAGUGCAGCAGUGCAGGGAGUUCAUUCACACUCAGCAGCAGCUACUGCAGCAACAGCUCCACGCCUCGUUUGACGACGACACUGCGUCGCUGCUGAACGGCUGCUACACCCUGGAGGAGAAGGAGCGGCUCAACGAAGAGUGGAGGCUCUUUGAGGAGCAGAAGAGGAAUUUCGAGAGGGAGCGGAGGAACUUCACGGAGGCAGCCAUCCGACUGGGCCGAGAGAAAAAGGCUUUCGAGGAGGACCGGGCCUCCUGGCUGAAGAGUCAGUUCCUGAACAUGACGCCUUUUCUGGACCGCCGCAGGUGCUCGGUGGCUGACGGACACAGCGCCUUAUCCAUCAAGAGUGAGCCGGAGGUCCGGAUGUCGUCCAAAAAAGCGGCUCCAGCCAAGUCCUCUGCCUUCACUACCUUCUCAACCCCCAAAGUUUCUCAGACGCCUGCUGUGCCGUCCACGGCGGAGCUGUACCGCACUCUGCGCUUGGUUCCAGACGGCAGCUCGUCCAGGCAUGCAGGCAGAGGCCGCUGGCAGGAGAGCCACCCCGCGGACGACGACGACGACAACGGCGGCGGCAGCGCAGCACCGACAGCCAAGUCCAUGAACCGACUUCGCUGCAGCAACUUGAGCGUCUUCACUUUGGGAGAAGAUGAAAACGGCCUCACUUGAGACCCUCCACUGCCCCUGCUCAUCUCAGAAUCAGACUUUUCAAACUGAUCAAAACAAAACGCACUUUAUUGAUCUGACUUUUUUAUAUAUGUUCCAUAUGGUAUGUCAGAGGCGAGUCAUCUAUUUAUCUGGAUGUCUGUGGAACACAAGACUUGAUUCCGCUCCUUCUCACUUUAAGUAGUGCAAUAUGUAUUCGUUUCUUUUUCACUGAAGAAAAAGCACAAUAAAGGUAUUUUUUAUUAAACUGAA